UACCUACAUUGUAAGCGUAGGCUCAGUGGUACAAUUCUCUGCGGAAAGGAAAAGGAGAACAGCACGGCAUGGGCGACCAUCAUAAGCCCCUGGUCUUGAACUCGACAUACGAAUAACGCCUUCCAUAUUUUAUGUAAGAGGGCCCCUCGAUUCUACAAAUAACGUGAGCAUCCUGCUAUUUAUCUCUUAUCGCUUUUUUCCAUCCAUCCGAAGGCACCUUAAGUGUCAGUGAGAUCAGGAUGCUUUACCAAUGACAGCCGACAGCGGAUCACGGGUGUAUUACGGGGCAGUUGAGCCUCAGCAGAAGGCUGAGGUUGAGAAAACCACCGAGGACUCUGAGUCAACCUGGAAACGCUACAUUUGGAUCGUGCCCCUCCUACACACGGAGAUAUGGAUGUCGGCUCUGCUUGGUGUAAUGCAGACAUUCUUUCCAAUGCUUGCAACGAAAAGAGACAUACCGGCAUGGAAGUGUGGACUGGUCUUUUCUACUUUCAAAGCGGCAAUGUUCCUCGCUUCGGUCCUGGGAGACAGAAUGCUUCAAUGGACGUCUCCACAGACGUGCUAUCUAAUUGGACAGUCAGGAGCCUUCAUUUUUUCGGUUUCAGAAGGCUCUCUAUACUGGUCGUCCGGAAGUCAGUCGCUGUUCUUGCUCUCGCUUGCCACGGUCCUUCUGGGAGGCUUCGCCGUCGGACUGUACUUCGUCAGCCUCUUCUCGGUAGUCACGCACAAGUUUAGCAAAAAUCCUGGACUCAUAAUCGCCACGUUAGAAAUUUCUUGGGGAACAGGCAACAUAAUCGGUUCCGCCCUUGGAGGAAAGAUGAUUGACAUCUGGGCUUACCCACUGCCAUUUUUCGUCAUGUCAGCGAUCCUUAUGCUUUCUUUCCCCUGGAAUACAAAGCUUGCAUCAAAAACAAAAAUUAACCGCAUGCCACCUCCAAUCAACGAAAAGGUAGAAGCUGCGAAACCCAACUACUCGAAUCUAAUGCGCGACCCGCUGUACUUGGCUCACAUGGCUGCGCUCACAACGGUGUGGGUUGUCUCAGCGUUUAAUGAGCCGACAUUGCAGCCGAGCCUCGAAGAGUUUCAAACAAGUGUGACUGUUCGAGGAACAGUGUUUGCAGUUCAAUUCACGAGUUAUGUCUUUGGCUGUGCACUCGCUGCUACCUUCUGCCACUUACAGGUUAUGGCAUUAUAUGCCUUCCUCGGUCACCUACUUACGUUGACUGGAUAUUUCAUCAUAGGACCGGUAGUACUAAUACAGCUUGAACGGAGCUUAGGACUUGUUUAUGCGUCACAAGUGUUGCUGGGAGUGGGAAUGUCAUCGUUAUUUGUGUGUGCAUACCACCAAGCACUUCAACGAGCCACGGAAUUGGACUACCCGGAUGACAUUACUACCCAUGGAUUUGUGUCAAGCACUGUAUUCACAUUCAUGGUUUCGGGCUCCAUCAUCACAGACCCCAUAGCUGGGAAGCUAAUGGACGCCUACGGCUACAGGAAGGCCACGACUUUCAUGUUUUUCCUGCUGCUCACGUUGACUCCUGUGACAUUCGGCGUGUGGAUCUCCUCAAUGAAGUCGCGUUAUGAAAGAAGAAAAGUAAGCAAGCAGUGAUGAAAUAUUUGCAUUUUCCAGCUCGUCUUAGAGUAUUAAAUAAAGGAAGGGGACAAGGCGGCAAACCGACAAAGAAGGUGGCAAUAACUUUCGCCUUCUUUCGUAUGACAUUUCGGUACACGAGCUUUACGAGUUCAAAAACAUUAUUGCAUGCGAUCUGACAAACGCAUGUGACAAUGGACCUAUUUCGAAAUCUUCUAUAUCUGUACACUGGAGAAAGAGAAGGAAAAGCAGGGAGGUUAACCAGACGCACGUCCGGUUUGCUACCCUGCACUGGGGGAAGGGGAUGCAGGGUUGAAAAGAGGGAAAAGUGGAUUUCCCUGUAUCUUAAUUCGUUGGCACAUGGCCGCCAUCCUAAAAUGUGGAGAAUUUCUGCCGUGUAUUAAGUAUUUUCAUCUUACAUUUGCUGUUACCGCGCCUGAAGAAAGGUUCAAGAAGGGUAAUUGUCUGAUCCAGUAAGUAUCGCUACAGCGCACGAUAUAAUCUAUUUAUUUAUUUAUUUUUAAUAUGUUCGCUGGCAGCAUGCCCUCAUUGCCGACAUCAUCAUCAUCAGCCUGGUUACGCCCACUGCAGGGCAAAGGCCUCUCCCAUACUUCUCCAACUACCCCGGUCAUGUACUAAUUGUGGCCAUGUUGUCCCUGCAAACUUCUUAAUGUCAUCCGCCCACCUAACUUUCUGCCGCCCCCUGCUAAGCUUUCCUUCCCUUGGAGUCCAGUCCGUCCGUCCGUCCGUCAUCCGGCCGACAUAGUGCGGAAGAAAACUAUUUGAUGAGAAUACUACUUUCAAUGACAAAAAUGCAACUAAUGGCUGUAUGCUUCAAUAUUUAUAGAAGAAGAAAAAAUAAACUAAGGAACAAAAUGCACACGCAUUGCACCGCCCAUAAUACUACGACGUCCACCUAAUACAUUGGAGGCAUAACGCAAUUCCC